GACAAAAGAUGAAGAAGUUUGAUUUUUAGGAAAACUACAGAUGGAUUAUGACAAUUGAACACGAUUUUAGGUUUCAGGUGUACAAAUAUGUAAGCAUGGACAGUUUGAAUAUAUCCAGAAUGUGAUAAAAUUAGUAAUUUACGGUAACCACUCUCCGCGGUGUUUCCGACAUGUCUGAAGUCGACAUCGCCGAAGAUCUGCCGAAUGGUGACGAUUCGGCUUUCGCGGACGAUCAGCACGAUGGAAGCGGUGAUGCUUCGAACUCUGUAGUCCAGGCUGUAGAUACAGAAAGUGACGGUCAUAAUACAAUAAGUGCUGAACAUGUAUUUGUUGCAACUUCACAGGGCCUUCUGACGGCUGCAGAACACUUUCAAGAAGCAAACGGCCUUAAAACGACACACAUCGUCAUUCAUGACCAAACUCUGACAGUUGAUUCUAGCGGCCUGAAGACUCCCACCACCCCAAUACCCCCUCCCACCCCUGCAACACCAUUAAGUAGAGAGAAGGGAUUGAAAUACCAAUGGGACGAUUCUGUACACAUGACAGUGUUACCAGUGCGUUGUAAACACACGAAUGGAGAGCUGCAUAAAGCUAAAUUUGGUUCAGGAGGAAGAGGUCGUUGUAUCCGAGCAUUUGAGGACGAAUGGUUCACUCCAAAUGAAUUUGAGGCAAAGAGUGGACGUGCCAGUAGCAAGGAUUGGAAGCGAAGUAUCCGGUAUGGUGGAAGAACUUUACAGUGUCUGAUUGAAGAUGGUAUCCUCCAACCCCAUGCCACCUCCUGUACAUGUGCUGCCUGCUGCGAUGAUGAAUCUGUGACAGGCCCAAUACGACUAUUUGUACCUUAUAAGAGGAGAAAAAAGGACAGUGACAGUGAUGCAUCUUCUCCAACAAGAUUAGACUCUAUUCCUGUGCCUGUUAAUAUCUCCAAAAAGCCAAGGAUGAAUUCUACAAAAUCACCGGGACCACCUGUCACACCAGUAUCUUUGGCCAAUGCUAUAACACUCGGAAAUCAAGUCCCAGUGUCAAUUAAAGACCAUGUAGGUAUGAUGGUGUCCAUUGGCAACAACAUAAAUACUCAUGCACAAACACCACAACCAAUCAAAAUGACAAGUGCUGACGGUGAGACAGUACAGAUAUUUACAACAGAUGCAGCGGGAAACAUUAUUACUGGAGAUGCAGUGGUUAUGACCCCAUUGCCUGUGACCCCUAAAGCUCCCCAGGCCACUGUGAUGACUGUACCUGAUGUGUCAGAACAGAGACAAUGGUGGCAGCUUGAGGAGCUUGUAAAUGGAGUGUUGAGUCAGGCCCAACAGAUAAAGGGGCUGAUAGAACAAGCCAAACAGCAAAGUCAAAUUUCUCGUGAUGCUGCCAUUCAUCAACUCAAGAUGCAGAUGGAUAAGGAAAAGCAAGAUGCUGUAAAUGCAGCACGGAUGGAGGCUCAGAUGAGCAUACAACGUGCAGUAAUGGAGGAACGAACCCAAAAAGAUAUUGCAGUACAGCAGGCUUUGGCUACAGCACGGGCAGAGUUACAGGAAAAAUUAGACUCUGUGACAGUGGUCACAUGUGACAAAGUGACAUACAAUGACUCAUGGGCCCACCAAGGAAGCCAGAGUAAUAUAGAGAGCAUCAUGGUCACAGAGGUGGAAGAUGAUUCGGACAAAGAAAAAGAAUAAGUGUUAAAGAGCAUAUGGAUAUGCUCUCAUAGGUGGAUUAUCUACACAAAGAUCAUACAACAAGACUUUAAUGAGUUAAUCUUGCCAGGUAUACUAAUUCUCAUUAGUCCAUUGUUCAAGCUUGAAUGUUUGACUAGGACUGAAUUUACACAAACCAAGAUGAGAUGCUGUGAUCUGAUUAGCUGAUAUUGUUUAAAUUGCAAUAAAACUUGCGUGAAUAUUUUCACAGGUUCUCACAUAAUAUCUCUGCCCUACUUAUUUUCUGUAUGAUUCAUUGGACCACUACUAUUUCAUAAAUAGUUAUAGCAGCAUAGUGGAUGUUCUUCCUUCAUAAUCAGCUUUAAGUUCCAGGAUUUCUACUCUUCAUAUACAUAUAUCUUGUCUAUACUCCUUGAAUGACAUAACCUAAGACUCAUAGAUAGCCAUUUGAUUGGUUCUAUUCAUAAAAAAAGUGACUGAUGGGAAGACUGAUACCUUCGUUCAAGAUCACAGAAUUGCUAAACCAAAAGCAAUGCUGGGCAUACAAAGUAUAACAGAUUACCAGAUGGUUUCUUGUCAUCUUUUAGAAAAAAAGGAUGUUUAUGAAAGCAUGUUGAGAGUAAAAUCUUGGACUUUGAAGUUGUUCAUUUGCCAAGUUGCAACUGGCAAUAUCUGAAGUAGAUACAAGAGAUACACCCACUUUUGUUGAUUUUCUUUUUCUAAUAAUUUUUCUGAUCAAGUUGUAAAAAAAAUAUGAUUACAUUGUUUACAGAGUUGAGGUUUGUUGAACUCAAACUUGAACUGUUACCAAGACAGGUAUACAGGUCAAAACAGACAUUUUUCUGAUCAAAAUCUCAGCAAUAGUUGGUAUUCACCUGUAACUCUUGUCCCCACCCCACACCUGUGAUCUUUGAUUCUGUAUUUAGGUAUACUGGAGGUCAAGAAGGCAUUUUGUGUGCCUUAGAUUUAGCCAUACAUGUUCAUUGCAGUUGUCCCUUGGAUUAUCCUAUUAACUAAAACUGUGUUAGGUAUUUGUAAUAUAUUAUUAUUUAUUAUUAUUGUUAACUGAUGUAGCACUUAAUUGUUAAGAGUCUUACAAAAACCAGGUUUUAUUUACCAUGAUUCCCUAGAUAUUGGGAUUAGAAAACCUUAGCAUCAGAGUUAAGACCCUUUUUUGAUCUCUUGAGAUUGGUACCAGAACAGACACCUUCAAGGCAUUGACUGAUCUCUAAAUUUUGGCAUCAGAAAAUAAUGCAUCAAAGUCAAGACACUUUCAGGUCCAAAUUUGAUUCUCUGGAUAUUGGUAUCAGAAAAAAAUGCAUCAAUCUUUCCUAGCUUCACAAUAUUCUGGAACAGAAGGCAAUUCUACAAUUUAGUAUCUCACAAAAAGUAUUACACAAUUUUAAGAAAUUGUCUUUAUCAAGAGUUGUUGCCCUUGACCACAACAAUGAUUUCCUAGGGACAAAAUUGUUGAAUCAUGUGAUUCUGUAACACACUCAAAAUUCUCAGAAAAAUAUUGCUAUGUGUUCAGAGAAGUCAUGGUAUACAUAAAAAUGUAUGUGCUAUUUGCAAAUCUACAUGUGAUCCCAGAUGUUUUUGAGAAGGUAAUGGAAUAAAUUAUCUGUUGUUUGUCAGAUGAUGUAGUUACAUCUGUUUUUUACAAUCUCCACACUAAAAUCAUGACUUGUUACAUUAUAGUUGUUUGGAUCAAACGUACAAAAAUUUCAAAUCCAACAACUAUUACGUUAAAGUGUAGCUUUAAAACACAACAUUACUGGUAACAUUCAGACGAAAAAGAACUGCAGUCUUAUGAUAUUAUAUGGAAUUAUUGUUAAUGGCAAGUGUGGCCUGACAGAAUGACGUAGUGUUUAUUUUACUGUUUAUGACCUUGACUGAAAAUAUUGUGUUACUGUCGAGGAAGAUAAAAAAUAAGGAUACAAGUGUACUCUGUAAUUUUAGAUGUUGUUGAAGAUAUUUGUGAUUUAGUUUAUGCUAUUUUGUUUGUACACAGAAAAAUUACAUGUACCUAGUCUGCCAGGCUAAACCAUUAGAUUUCACAGGAUUUAAGAUAACACAUUGUCAUUCCAGAUAAAUGAACUUUUGUAAUAGAUGUGUUUUUACCCUGAAAGAUAAGGAUGGAUAUCAGUAAAUAUACUAUAGAUACACCUACCAUUUCAAAGAGAACAGCUGUUUCUUAUUUAUUGGCGACUUUUAAAGUAUUUAAACCAUGCCAAUGGUAAAGACAGCCUUCUGUAUUUAUUGUUUUAUAUAUGAUUUUUAUAAAAAUAAGGAAAACAAAACAUUAAAAAAAGAUAAAGAAAUAUAAUGGAAAUUAGAAAAAAAUACACAAAAAUAUUGUUAAAAGUUAAAAAUUUACUUCUUUUAAAAAGUUCUAUUGAUGUAGGAUUUUUUUUCAAUUUUGUCAGCAUAAUAUAUGCCUGACAACUACAUGAACCAGUUGAGAUGGAACAUGUAUUUUUAGAUUACCAAUUAAUGAUGGUUCAUGUGAUUUACAAGGAAAAUCAGUUUCAGAAAUGGAAUUUUGGUAGUUUUGGGGUUUUAUUGUUUGCAACAAUGAGUAUUGUCAUGAUGACCUUAGCUGUUGCAAGCAUUCAAUUCCAUUCAUGAAGUUGGGACAGGAUGUGGUAUGUAGUGUAUGUUGGUUGAUGUGUGGAUGUCACUUUAGUGACAGUAUGGAAGUAUGAUGAUGUUAUUGUUAGCUUACCUGAUAUGUGUUCAAUGAGUGAUAAGAUGAAUGUAUAUAGAAGUUAAUGGAGAAGUUUGACUAUUUUCGUGUGAAAUAAAUGAAUACUUGAUUAUA